AUGGAAUACGCAACGUACGAGUCGCGGCUCGCGACUUUCGAGCCUCCGUCGAAACGAUCGAAGCUAGGAUGGCCGCAUAAGACACCGACGCCGGAAGAACUCGCGCGAGCUGGCUUCUACUACAAACCCUCCAGCGCCAGCAAUGAUAACACCAUCUGCUACCUUUGCGAAAGACAGCUUGACGGAUGGGAGCCGGACGAUGAUCCAGCAGGAGAGCAUUUAAAACAUUCAGGCGACUGCGGCUGGGCGAUAUUGAUGAGCACUGGUCAAGAUGCUCAGCGCGACAUCAGCACAAUGGAAGACCCCACGGGACAGCUAUUUGCAGACGCGCGCCGAGCUACCUUCGCCGUCGGAUGGCCACACGAGUCAAAAAGAGGUUGGCGAUGUAAGGUUGAGAAGAUGGUUGAAGCAGGGUGGCAUUUUGCGCCGAUACCAGAAAGCGAGGAUUAUGUGUCCUGCGCAUUCUGCAAACUGUCUCUUGAUGGCUGGGAACCAAAAGAUGACCCUUUCGACGAGCACUAUCGGCGAUCUCCAGGUUGUCCCUUCUUCCACUUCGCGGGAACCACUGCACCAGCGAAACGCCCGAAAGCAAAGAAAGGCCGCACAUCAAGAGCGUCACGUUCAUCAAAAGCCUCGACACGAUUGUCGACACAAUCAAACACGCAAGACUUGACGACUCUGUCAGAAGCUCCGAGUAAUGCCAACGAUCUAAUACCUGAGCUCGAUGACUCGAUAGAUACGAGCACUAUGUCGGUUAUGUCGGUUAUGUCGACAGCGUCUACCGCCACGAAUCGAGCCAAGCGGAAGGCUGCUGGCGGCCGAUCGAAAGCGACCAAGUCGAAGAGAACAAAGACCACCAAAUCGACAAGGGCGAAGAAGGAAGAACCCCAACCUGAACCGGAGGAAAUGAACGAAGUAGAGGUUCCUACACAAGUUGAGCCCUACCAGGUCUUGACCAGACCUGAGGAGGUGGAUCUCGAGCCGGAAAUUCAAUCUCAAGGGCAACAAGCUCUACCCAGCCCAGCGCCCACACCUCCCGCACAGGUGUCAUAUCCGUUGCUGAAUGAGAACAAUACUCCCCCGCGGAUUUCCAGUGAACCUCGCCAUCUAAGUCCUCUUGGCCCACCACCUCAGGCAUCACCGACUCCUGUGAAGACACGUCUAUCCACAUCUGCCGUAAGGAGUACGACACCGAAACCUACCAGCAGCAAAAUUGAAUUGGUUCGUCCCGUGUCGCCAAUACCACAAGCUAACAACAACUCUUCCCCUGCUCCCUCGCCUUCAACUUCAGACAUUGAAAAUGCGCCGCCCUCUACGCGCCCUGCUUCCGAACGUCCUCCUGCUCCCCCAAGCUCCUCCACUCCCAGCCGCCAACAUCCAAAUACAUCCUCUCCGGAUCAAGGCGCGGCAAUGCCGAAGUGGACGCCCGCGGAUAUUGAACUGGUUUUCACUCCCACGUCGCCGCAGAAGGCCGAUGCAGAUAUACUUCUCGGCUUGACGGGCUCCCAACUCUCCACCGACGAAAAGAACAUGACGGUGCAGGAAUGGAUCGAAUACAUUGCCAAGCAGACGGAGGAGGGAUUGAGAGCGGAGGCGGAACGGGUGGUGGGAGUUUUCGAACGCGAGGGCGAGAGAGCGAUGAGUGUUCUUGAAGGGAUCGUCUGUGCUUGAGGAAUAGGAGGGAAGGAAUGGACUUGAUCCAGUGGAUUGGUGUAGGCGGUGCUUCCGAUUGACGACGGGAUGGACUACGCAGAAAGUCAAGUGUUUGUUUAUGUACAUGCCUUUUUGGGGGGUGGGCAUAUGGAUUGGGCCAUGCCAGCGCGUUGUCAAUCGAGUAGAGCAUCACAGGCUCCGGAGUCACGCGUUUGCAUAUCUGUCGGCGUUACGGGCAGGGCAACUAGCAUGGAGUUCGGUGGAUCCUUGUUUCUUCAAUGCGAUGUUGGAUAAAACACCCUCGAUGGAUCCAGACUGACCGGCCCGGGGCCGGAAAGCAUUCCAUGCGUAGAGGUUUUUGGAACCAAUUCACGAAAUUGAAUGGGGGACAGGAACUAGCAAGUCC